AUGAUCGUUUAUCAUAAUGGAUCAGAGACAAAGUUUUUUGAUUUGAAAACUCAAACAAUUAUCAAGCCAAACAGUUUGAAAGAUAUAAAGCAGUCUCAUAUGGUUCAAGCUGGAGAUGAUAUCUUCUUCUUUGGUGCUGGUACUGAAUAUAUUAAAUAUUCAAUCUCACAGAAAAAGACAACUAAAUUCAACUCUUGUGUUUACCAAAGGGGCACAAUGUACUCAGCAUGUUAUUACAAAGAGAAAAACCGGAUUUAUAUUUUGCACAGAUACACCGACCACUAUAGCAAAAGUUCACAAAUCGAAAUCAUCGAUCCCAUCAAUCUAAGUGUCCAAGUCAAAACAGUAUCAAUCUCACAUAUUACAAAUCCGCAAAUUCUUGCAAGUAAUGGUUUGGUGUAUAUCGUUGACACAUCCUAUAUUCACACGAUGUCGGAUAACUGCCAAAUUACGUCUACCAUUGGUUUAUACAAUUUCCAAAUGAAGCUGUGUGCAAUUGGAGAUGGCCAUAUUUAUAUAUUCACCACCCAAAGCACCAUUGAAAGAUUUGAUCUGGAAUCCAAAAGCUUCACGACUGUGCCUGAUAUUAAUCAAUUGUUUAGAUAUCCGAACAACAGCACAAUCUCAAAAAUUGUAUAUGUUCCUUCAAGUGGUGUAUCUUCGAGCAAAUUGUAUUGUUUCUCCGCCAGCAGUACAACUGUCAAAGUUUAUGACCUAAUAACAUAUAUGUUCACUGAUGUGGUUAUCGAAGUUUCUAAUCAUGCAGUUUUUAUUAAAAGAAAUAAAGAUUAA